AUGCAGCCAAUCGCCGAUCACCACAACGCCCUCCUGUCCGAGGUAGUUGCACAGGCCAACAGAGCACUUCCACUCGCGCAGCCAGAGCAUGAUGCCAGUCACCAGUACCCUGCUCAGGACCCUUGGCGGACUAAUUCCCUGAACGCUACUGCCUUCGAUGUGUACCGGCCGGGAAGUUUCAACCCCAGCACGGGUUUUUACGACGGCUCGUUGAACCUUCAAUACGGAGACAUCGAUCUGGGACUCGCCUUCCAGCUACCUCCGGUCUACCCUUCCAACGAUGUUUACGAUCAAUUCCAGCCGAUGAUGCCUACCAUGGACUGGAACCAGCCUACUCCGUUAUUUCAGCCCACUCCGGCGCCAGCAGGGUUGACUACUCCAGCCCCAGCCCCCACCACCGACGCUGCCAGCAUUCGCUGCCCCGAAGGCUGCCCUGAGACUUUCGGUCGCAACGAAGAAAUGCGGCGCCACAUGAAGAAGCAUGGAACGCCUCGCUUCAAGUGCCCCAUCUACGAUUGCCCCAUGACAUUCUACCGCAAGGACAAGCUGAAGGACCAUGCCAAGAAGGGCCACGGUAGCCGCGCAUCCCUGAACAUCCGUUAG